AGCGUGAGAGAGCGAGCGCUCACGCGCAAGAGAGUGGAGAGUCAUGCCAGUAUUUACUCAUAAACUAAAUCACAACCUGUUAAGAACCAUCAAAGAAUCUCAUCACCUUAAUUAAAAGGGGUCAAAGCCUAGAAGCGCAUCUAAAUAGUUAACAAGCGGUUACUUGCAUUGGUUCUGUAGUUGCUGAGUAAAGUGUCCCGGUACAUGUAUAAUGCGUAGAUUUCUGUUGAAUCUUGUUAGGAGUGAAACCUUCGUCAUUUCAUCCAUGGGUUGACUGCUCCGAAGUGAAUUAACAAAGUUGCUGAAAACUGCCAGAAGAUCGGACUCCCCGGAAUCGCGAGGUGUCCAAGGUGAUGGGCGUCUCCAGGAAACCGCAAGUUAAGAGAAGAGAACACUUUUUGGGUGUGGAAGAGGUUUUAUCUGGUUUCCCAGCAACACCCCUUUUGGUUGGAUUGACCAAUAACAAGGCAUAUAGUUUCAGCGGGAAAGUGUUUCUUUGUCUCAAUGACACCUGAUUUGCAUAUUUUAUGGAUGGAGUGAUGAACUGGUUAUCUGGUAACCCAAACUAUGAUACAAAUAGUAUGAUGCAUUUUAGGCUCACAUAGUAGAUAUUUAGCUAAGGCAAACCGAUAGGUUUAAUUAGGUACCAAGAAAGAUAUGCAAGACAGAUAGAAACAUAAAGAUAAAUUCUUAUGCUUGAAUAUAGGUCAACUAAUACGACUAGAGAAUCAUAAAUAUGCUAAUAUGAGCUGGGAAACAUACAAACACACAGGAAUAUAUCGUAUACAUUUGGAAUGGCUUAUAUCCUGAGUUAGAUGCAAGAAGGUUUAAGUGUGUGUGUGUGUGUGUGUGUGUGUGUGUGUGUUUGUGCGAGCGACAUGGUGAGGUCUUUUCCUCUGCAUGCUUUGGCCAUUGAAGCUGAUUAAGAUCUCUUUGAAGCUUAUGAGUCCGAGCUAGGAAUGUAGAGGUGUUCCUGGUGAUGCUCAAACAGGCCCCCAAAGGUGUCAAUGGCACUGUUUGAUGCAGACUCAUUGGCUCUAAACUGUGAUUUACAUGAGGUCAGUCAGUAGAUUAAAAAUCUUUCUGAAUAUUAGAAUAAAUGUGUUAUGAUCUACUCCAUACGUUACAUUGGUACAGCAAAUGUGUAAUCAACAUAGUAAAAUUAUACUUUAUCUUUCAGAGAAAGAGCUCAGGAAAAGGUGGGAUUCACAUAUGCGAUACAAAAAACUUGCACCUUCAGGAAGCAGUGGAGCUCAGAAGACUGGCAGACAGCAAUGAAUCUUGACCCGGCUGCAAUUUUUGGAGCCACACACACAAAAAAAGGAGAGCACAUCCAAAAUUGAUGCCAGUGUCAUCGAACUAAUGACAGAUGAACAGCUAAAGACAUACUUUCCAUCAUAUGGUGAUCGGCUGGCCAUUUUGGGAUUUUGCAGACAGAAAGCCAGUAACAGGAAUGAUCCCAAUAAAAGGAAAUCAAAACUUUUUGAGCGAUUGAAAUCUAAAAUAUCCAAUAAAUCGAAGUAUGAUGAUUCUGCCACAACAAGUCAACAACACACAGCAAAGAAUGCUCAGAAGACUAUGAGAAAGGUAGAAUUAGGAUGGAUGAAUUACGAUACAGAAAAUGAAGUCUUUAAACAAGUGAGAACAAGAAGGGGUGGCACACGAAAAGUUGAUGUAUCAAAAGAAUCCAAGAAAUCUGAUUUGAUUCAGCAAGCAGUCAAGCUGUUUUUUGGCAGAUGGAAAAAAGCCCUGAGGGAGACAUCACUGAGUUUGAAGUAGAUUUAAAGGAUUACAAAGAAAUGUCUAUUGAUGAAGACAUUACAGUUGGAAAACUGUAUGCAGACACCAGGUUGCCACUUUUACGGUUCUACCUCACAACAAAGAAGAGAAGUAACUCUGGCUCACAUAUGCAACAGGAAAUAGAUGUGGCUCUCACUACACAAGAACUGAACAGUUCCCCAACAAAAAUGCCAGCUGAAAGAUCAGGAAAUACAGAUAACACAGAUGUGGUUUACAUAGGGAGCAACAUGGAACCAGAGAUGCCUUUCCUUUAUUCAACAGAGAUAAUUUCCUCCACCCUAGAUGAGAAUGCUUUGGAUGACAUUAACACUGUCACAUUUGUCACUGGAGACACUGGAGACAUUUUUAAUGUGGAUGAUCAAAUUUUGGAUGAUACAUUACCUCUCUCACCUCUGAACACUAUUGCACAUAGUGAACAAAUAAAAAGGAUCUUAGUUGUCCACCGUGGUCAUGUCCUCCCAGAACUCAUUGCUAAUUUUUUGGAUGAAAGCGUGUUAGGGUGUGAAAUAAAAAUUCAAAUUAUUGCACCAGAUGGAAAACUUGAGAGGGGCCAUGAUGAAGGAGGAGUUGUGAGAGACUGUCUUUCUGAGUUCUGGAAUGAGUUUUAUGAACAGUGCACUAUGGGCAGCUCUUUCAAGGUGCCUUUCCUUCGGCAUGAUUUUGGACAAAUGCACUGGCAAAGUGUAGGCCGUAUAAUUGCCUUUGAAUGGAAAAAGGAAAAGUACCUUCCUGUGAAAAUAGCUCCAGUAAUCUUGGAGCAGGCUGCUUUUGGAAGUGCGAAAAGCGAUGUCAUUGAGAAUUUCCUGAAAUUUGUUCCAGAAUUAGAACAAGCAGUCUUUGAAGCCUGGCGAUCUGACUUCAACACUGUUGACAAAGAAGAACUGCUUGAGGUUUUGGAUGGCCAUAGCUGUCGUAAAACUCCAACAGAGAACAAUGCAGAGGAAAUCUUACAAGAACUUGCCCACAAAAAACUGAUUCAAGAGCCUGCCUUUGUCAUUAAGCAGUGGGGAAACUUGUUUUCCACUGCCAUCAGUCAUCUUGAUGAAAUUUCCUCUGUGUAUGAAAACUUGCAGCCCACUGUGAGAAUGGUUUUGAGGGCUCUUUCUUUCCCAGAGAACAUGAAUACCCAGCAGAGGGAGAUUCAAAGGUAUUUAACCACUUACCUUAGGGAAUCUGGCACACAAGGUCUGUCUCGGUUUCUUAGAUUCUGCACUGGUUCAGAUCUUUUUUUUGGGAAAAAACUAUCGUCAUUAACUUCACACAGGUUCAAGGCUUCCAAUGACGCCCAGUUGCACACACUUGUGGUUGUGUCUUGGAGCUGUCAGUUUUCUAUGACAGUUAUCCUGAUUUCAGAUCCGAAAUUAACAAAAGUCUUAGAGUGCAAUGUGUGGGUGAUGGACUUUAUCUAAUUAAUGAAGUUAGAAAAGACUACUGCUUGUAAAUGUAAGACUGUAGUCUUUGUAAAUUCACAUUAUGUACCACCAUAAAAGUUGUCUUGCCUUAUGCACUGUUUGUUUUAAACUGUUGUUUCUGAAUUGUUUGAAUGUACA